AUGGGAAUACCUCCGCCGCACUGCAUAUGGAGAAGAAUCGUGAAAAACUACUUCAAAAAGGCACUGCCAUCUACCCUAGAUGAAACAGUAAUUGCAGGAGAAAAGCUUGAGAAAUCAUGGGAAAAGUAUGGAAUGGAUGCAUAUGAGUCAAGACUUGCUGAAGAAGAAUACAUGCAGUCUAUAGAGCAAGACAUGAUUCUUCACAAAUUCUUGAAGAGAUUUAGCUACAAAAAAUAUGUGAAUGGAUUUUUGGUUCAUGCUGGCACUAAGUAUGACAAUAGAGGGCAUGACAGAUUGAAGACUCAUUUUGUUCCUACCACUCCUAAGUUCAGAUUAGAAGGCAUUCAAUUAGAGAGUUGGAAAAAGAAUAAGGUUCUUUAA